AGGAUGGAGAGUUCCUCCAUUUACGCCUGCGCAGUUAGCGGCGUCUGACCUUCCCCGCAGUCACCAUGUUUGCCAGAACCAGCACUUUGGUUUUCCAGCCUCAAUGUGGCCAAGUCAGGACCAUGGCUACACUGAAGGACAUCACCAUGCGUUUGAAAUCCAUCAAGAAUAUCCAGAAGAUCACCAAGUCCAUGAAGAUGGUUGCUGCAGCAAAGUAUGCAAGGGCUGAAAGAGAACUGAAGCAAGCUCGAGUCUAUGGAACUGGUGCCCUAGCCCUGUAUGAAAAAGCAGAGAUCAAGUCCACUGAAGACAAGAGCAAGCACAUCAUUAUUGGAGUGUCCUCUGAUCGUGGUCUUUGUGGUGCCAUUCACUCAAAUGUUGCUAAGGCUAUCAAGAGUGAAAUUGCAAAUCUGACAAGUGCUGGGAAGGAGAUAAUGGUGAUUAGUGUUGGUGACAAGCUGAGAGGUCUGCUGUACAGGACUCAUAAAGACCACCUUCUGCUUAAUUUCAAGGAAGUAGGGCGUAAACCUCCAACCUUUGGAGAUGCAUCGGUCAUUGCCACUAAUCUGAUAAAUUCUGGAUAUGAAUUUGACCAAGGAUCUGUCAUUUACAACAAAUUCAGGUCUGUUAUCUCAUACAAGACUGAUGAGAAGCCUGUGUUCUCUGUUGAUACUAUUGCAAACUCAGAAAACAUGGGAAUUUAUGAUGACAUUGAUGCGGACGUGCUGAGAAAUUACCAGGAGUUCGCUUUGGUCAACAUUAUUUACUACAGCUUGAAGGAGUCCACCACAAGUGAGCAGAGUGCCAGGAUGACUGCUAUGGACAAUGCCAGCAAGAAUGCUUCUGAGAUCAUUGACAAGCUGACUCUUACAUUCAAUCGUACACGUCAAGCUGUUAUCACCAAAGAGCUUAUUGAAAUUAUAUCUGGUGCUGCUGCUCUGUAAAUGUGGAACACCAGUUACUUUCCAGACUUGCUGAGCGUCUGCUGUUCAUGUUAACAACUGUUGGUCAAUUGUUUUGUCAAGAAUUUAUGGAAACCCUUCAGUCUGUUUGUAAAUUAUUUGAAUAAACAUCUUGCACAGAA